UCUGAACCAUACAGCAACCAGAUUAAAUCUUGAAACAUCAUUCAAAUCCAACUAGCAUAUGCCCACCAACGAGGCCAGCCCAAAAAAGGAGAAGUCCAAUAAUGUCAUUUUCAAGGUUUAUAUCAUUGGAAAGUGUAAACGGAACAUUGGAGCAUUACCGUAGUCUGCUCAGCGGAAAAGGAUAAGAGACAACUUUGUUGUAAAUUACUUCAGCCACAGGGUUUGGGAACUCAAGCAUGGAAGGGAAAGUGUUGGAGAUGCUUGAAGUUGGGCCCUGUGAAGAUGACUACCGGUUGGGUUUUCUCAUAGGUCAAAGGUUCUGUAGUCAGAUAAGAAGCAGGUUGGCUGGAGACCUCAUUCUUCAAAACCAGCUCCUUCCUUUUGCUCGAACAACACAGGCACAACCACUGAUCGAAGCACUCUCAGAAACUAACCAGAAGAAAUUCCCAAGAUAUUGGGCUGAACUUUUAGGGACUGCAGAAGGAAGUGGUGUGCCUGUUCUUGAUAUAAUACUUAUCAACUUCAGGAAAGAGAUACUUCCAUUAAUUUCAAAUACAGCAAUGAAUUCAAAUGGUGAUACUACAGAUGACUGUUCUGAUAUUCUCGUUGUUAGCGAUUUGAUGGCCCUUGCAGCUCAUAACGAGGAUGCAAAUGUCGCUCUAGUUGGCCACACCUAUUUGAUCAAGCGAAAACUGUCAAAUGGAUUAUCUUUCAUAGCUUACACAUAUGCAGGAGAGCUUCCAAGCUGUGCUUUUGGAUUUAACAGUCAUGGAAUGGCAUUCACACUGAAUUCUGUACCCCCAACCGAAGAUGAGAUUGUACCAGCUGGCAUUGGAAGGAACUUUGUGUCUAGAGACCUUCUCGAAGCAACAAGCAUUGCAGAUGCAUUAGCAAAAAUACGUUCAUCAGAGGUUUCUGUGGGACACAGUUACAAUUUAAUUGAUAUACAGACGCGUAUGAUCUUGAAUGUUGAAACCGCAUCAAGAUCUCGAGUUUCAGUUCAUGAGGUUGGAGCAACACCAUUUUUCCAUGCAAAUAUGUAUCUCCAUCUUCAGGUUCAGCAGGUACACGAUGAAAACUCAAUGAGCAGGCAAAGAAGAGCUGCUCUUCUACCACAAGGAUCAAAGACCAAUUUUCUGUCUAUUCUAGGAGAUACAGAAGACACAAAGUACCCCAUCUACAUGACAGGUCCAACUCUUUACACACUAUGCACAGCUGUCAUUGAUUUGGAUGAAAAAUCACUUACAAUAGUUGAAGGGAAUCCAAAGAAAGGAAAAGUUUCUCAUGUCUUUUCUAUGUAUUCGAAAGACUUAAACCCUGAGUUGGUCAACUGCGCCGAAGGGACUCGUCUCUAGAGCAUUUUAUGCAGGUUCAUAGAGGC